CCUCCCGGGGCGGUGCCGGGCGGAGGAGGCCGGCCCGGCCCCGCCGUGACCUGGAAGGGAAGCGGCGCCGGCGGGAUCGACUUCCCGGGAGCGGGAUGGAGCGGGCGGGCGGCAGGCUGUAGCUGAUGCCCAGGCCCCCCUGGCACAAUGCCAUCACGGACCAAUCUCUCUGCUGGCAUCCCCAGCAGCAAAGUGAAAUAUUCCAAGCUCUCCAGCACCGACGAUGGAUACAUCGACCUGCAGUUCAAGAAGAGCCCACCCAAAAUCCCCUACAAGGCCAUCGCGCUGGCUGUGGUGCUCUUCAUGAUCGGGACCUUCCUCAUCAUCAUCGGAGCCCUGCUGCUGGCAGGGUACAUCAGCAAAGGGGAGACCGACCGGGCCAUCCCCGUGCUCAUCAUCGGCAUCCUGGUGUUCCUGCCGGGCUUCUACCACCUGCGCAUCGCCUACUACGCCUCCAAGGGCUACCGGGGCUACUCCUACGACGACAUCCCCGACUUCGACGACUGAACCGUUAAUUAACCCCGCGCUAAUUAGGCUGCUCGGAGCUGGUAGUUCCCCUGGCUGCUGGCAGGGCACGGCUGACGUGUCCCUCGUGUCCCUCGCGCGGCGCCGCUUCCCGGCCCUGAGGUGUUGCAGGUUUUCCAGUUUGGGGGGUGGGGGCUCCAGCCCGGAAUUGACCAAAAGGAAUUGCAAAGAACUUGGGAUUUAUGGGAUUUUUUUUUUUCCUCUCGGGGUUGGCGUAAUUCCGCUCGUUGGGAAGCUCUUCCUGGGCGAGGCAAUCCUUGCAAUUUUCCAAAAAUAGAUGAGCUGGUUUCAGCAGCAGAUAUUUGUUUUUCCUGUGUUUUCUAGUUUAUUUUAGCUUUCCAUGAGAUUGUGGUUAUUGUUGGGUUACCUGUGAAGACAGACCAUCAUUAAAUUCCCUUUUUGCUCUCUGUCCAUCAGAAAUGCUUCCAAACUACUGCUCCUGGAGUAAACAGAGUCUGAUGGGAGGGGGAAAGCAGCACUUGCAGAAGUCAUUUCCACACAGUGCAGUGGCUCCUCAGCCCUCUGUCACACUGACCAAGCUCAUUUCCCCACAAAUACCUCCUUCCCCAGCGUGCUUUCCCUGUGCCACUGUUGCUUUUGGCAAAAUCUGCUUAUCCUUCACAAGGACUAGUGUUGGAAUUUGCUGGGUAUUUAAACAACCAAAUGGGUACUGGGAGAAGGAUUGGAACCCAGGCUCAAGUGUCUAAAUACCAAAAAUCUUGACUGAUGUGGGUAUUGGAGACACUUGAACUCCAGCUCUCUGUCUUUUGGAGUCCUUGUGUAGAUAAUUUGCUGUGCAGACCUGCCCAGGCCAGUGAAGAGAAUUUCUCUGUGCAGUUUGUGCUGAACAAACCCCUCUGGAUUGCUUUGCCAGCUUUGCUGAAGUGUCAUUCAGGGAAAACAGAGUGAUGGCUCCACUUGUGUGAGGUCAGAGCAGGCUGUCUCCUGUUCUCAGUGUCCUGGACAACAAGCAGUGGUGCAAGUGGCUGCAUUUAACAUGAAUAAAGUUCUACAUUCUCUGUAAGCA